AUGAGAGCAGCAGCUCGACCAUUGCUCCAAUUUCGUCGACGGCCGCAAUUAAUUAUUUUGACAGAGUAUUCUUAUAGUCAGUCGACCGCUUCGCAAUCAACUCACGACGUUCGCGAAGUGUGUACUACGGGAUACUCCUUCAAGACAGCUGCCGGUCGCGUGUCUAAAUAUGGUGUGUACUGGGGUAGGGAUAACCCCAACAAUUCGAUAUGUGAAAUCCCUGGUAUAACGCAUGUGGCUGCUAUGCUAAUGGCUAUGAUAGACGCUGUCCGCGUUGCCAAGAAAGAUGACAAUGGUCAGAAAUUGGUCGUGUAUACAGAUUUUAACUGCCCGCCUGGUUUCCGUAACAAGUUGAAGACAUACGCGGCGAGAGAUUUUCACUCCUUUAGCGGGUGGAAGAUGAAGAAUGCUGUCCUUUUGAAGGAGUUGUACGAACUGACCAAAGACAUGAAUGUCUCCUUUAGACAUAGACCAGCAGUAAUGGACAGAAAGCCAAACUACGUUAUGGCGAAUAUUCUGGAAGAUGACGCGGACGGAAGAACGCCGAGUACAUCCUCUGAAGACUGGCCUAACGUCUACACUAUGGCUAUGUUCAAAUCAACCAGAAACGAAGAGGGUGUCGGUAGACAAGAGUACGCAUAUCUUACGCUAGUUGUGAUAUCACUAAGCUACGCCCAUCCAUCACCACAUCACUGA